AUGACCAAUAAGUAUUUCGAGACAAACUGCCGGAAGCUUGAAGCCAGCGAACCGCUUGUGUGCGAUCUAUCUAAGCCUUCUUCCGAACCGGACACCAUCAGCUGGACAUGGCAGUACUGCACUGAAUGGGGAUACUUCCAGACCAACAACUUUGGACCUCACUCACUGCUGUCAAAAUUCCAGACUCUUGAUUACCAGCAGGAGUACUGUAACCGUUACUUCCCUGAGGCUAUCAAAAAAGGUCUGUUCCCCAAACACCCGCAGGUUGAAGCGACCAACGCGGAGACGGGCGGAUGGACUAUUCGUCCGUCCAACGUUUACUGGAGCGGCGGACAAUUUGAUCCUUGGCGUACUUUGUCUCCCCUUGCGGCUGGUACCAGGUUAGCCCCGCAAGGAGUGACUCUCACAACGGAGAUCCCCAAAUGUAACGUGGAGACGGAUCAGAGCACGGUCUUUGGCUACAUCAUGCAGAAUGCGGAACAUUGCUUUGAUUUCCGCACGACGUUUGCACCGGGUGCAAUUUCCCGAGGUUAUUUUACCACUGCCUUGAAGGAAUGGCUUGAAUGUUUCUGA